AUGGCUCAGGACAACCAGACCUCCAGGGUGACAGAAUUUGUUCUGUUGGGACUCAGUCAGAAUUCUAAAGUGAAUUUAUUCCUUUUUCUACUUUUUCUAAUUAUCUAUAUAACAACAUGGAUUGGGAACCUCACCAUUAUCCUCACAGUGAUCUUCAUGCACCAGCUUCAUACACCUAUGUACUUUCUACUGGCCAACCUUGCUGGCACCGAUAUUGGUAAUUCUACUGUGACUGCUCUCAAAAUGCUUGGAGGUCUCCUUUCCUACCCCAAUACCAUCUCCUUUAACUGGUGCAUUACUCAGAUUUUCUUUUUCCGCUGCAUUAGCGGUGUUGUAGAUAUUUUCUUAGUAUUGCUGGCUGUUGAUUGCUACAUAGCAAUCUAUAAGCCCCUGCAGUACUACCUUAUCAUGAAACAAGAAGUUUGUAUAGGAUUUGUAUCAGCUGCAUGGAUGAGUGGCUUUGUUCACUCCAUCGUGCAGAUUGGGAUUCUUGUUCAGCUGCCCUUCUGUGGACCCAACAUGCUGGAUCAUUUCUUCUGUGAUAUCUCCCAGUUUGUUAAACUGUCUUGUACUGACACAUACAUGACUGAAAUACUGAUGGUUACUAACAGUGGGCUACUCCUUGUGGUCAUCUUUUUUGCCCUCCUUGUGUCAUACACUGUGAUCUUGAUCAAGAUUAAAACACACAUGAUGGAAGGAAGGCACAAAGCCCUUUCUACUUGUGCUGCUCAGAUCAUGGUCAUAAGCAUACAUUUUGGACCCUCAAUGUUCACUUAUAAUCAGCUUUUCAAAGUAUUUCCAGGUGAGAAGUUUGUUGCAGUAAUGUAUACUCUCAUCACACCAAUGCUGAACCCAAUGAUUUACACUCUGAGAAAUGCAGAAAUGAAAAAUGCUAUUAGAAAACUCAGAAGAAAAAUUCAGUCUUCAAGAAGGAGACUUCCUUUCCAGUUUGACUGCAAAAUUAUUCAGAUGUAUUAA